GAAGUUAGAGAGAGAUGUGUAUGUAUGCAUGAGAGCGAGAGGAUCAGAGGAACACAGAGACAACACCGUCUUCAAAGUAACUGAAGUUUAACACAGGACAAAGGACUGAUCUGCAGUGAGCUGUUCCUCCACAUUUCAAGUUACACUGUUUGGCAAGUUGUGAUGGCUUCCAGUCUGCUGUCCAUCGUCUUCCUGGUUCUUCUCACCUGCACGGCCAUGGCUGCCGAACAUCCAGGCUGCAAGAUCCGCAUCACCAACAAGGGCCUCCAGAUGUUGAAGUAUGAGACUCAGAAGUUUGUGGAGGAGGAGCUCAGCAACAUCACCAUGCCCGAGAUGAAAGGAAAGGAGGGCCGCUUCCAAUACACCAUCAAGGAAGUAAAGAUCACAGAGCUGAACCUGACUCACGCUGACCUGAGGUUCCAGCCUGACCUGGGCCUGCUCUUUGAGGUGCAGAACUCCUCCAUCACUCUCAGCUUCGAGAGACGCAUCCUCUACUGGUUCUUCUUUGACACAGGCUCCAUCAACGCUUCUGCAGAAGGCGUGAACAUCCACACGGUCCUCCACUUCAUCAGAGAUGAGCAGGGACGCCUCAAGAUCAACAACGUCACCUGCGACGCCUCCAUUGCCAAAAUGCGUGCCAAGUUUGAUGGCACCUUAGGGAGGGUUUACGACUUCAUAGCAACUUUCCUAACCACAGGAAUGCGCUUUCUUCUCAACCAACAGAUCUGUCCUGCUCUGAACCAUGCCAGUUUGGUUUUGAUCAACUCUUUGUUGGAGACAAUUCCAGUGCGAACUGAAGUGGACAGUUAUAUCGGAAUCGACUACUCACUUCUGAGUGAUCCUGUGGUAACCUCGAGGAGCCUUGACAUGGACUUCAGGGGCAUGUUCUAUAACCUGAAAGAUGAAAACAACACCCUGGUCAACUACGCCGUCGACCCUGUCAUGAGAGAGUACGACCGCAUGGUGUACAUGGCUCUCUCCGAAUACUUCUUUGACAGUGGCAUGUUCUCCUACUACAAGGGGGGCGCAUUCCAGAUGCUGCUUGCCAAUGACAGGAUGUCAAAGGACCUGGAGAUGCUCCUGAGGACGACCUACUUUGGUUCUAUUAUGAUUAUGAACCCAGCUCUGGUGGACGCGCCUCUCUCCUUGCAUCUGGCCGUGACCUCAGCGCCCCGCACCACCAUCAAGACGUCGGGUGCGACCGUUGUCGUGAACGCCAUUGUUAAGGUGAUGCUGCUGCCGCCUGGCCUGCCACCUGUUCAGCUCACCAGCAUGACCAUGGAGGCCAAGUUCAAUGCCAAGGUGUCAAUGAAAGGAAAAAGGCUAGCGGUUAAUGCUGACUUGCGGAAGUUUAAGAUCUUCUCCAAUCAGUCUGCUCUGGAAUCCCUGGCACUCAUUCCCCUACAAGGUCCUCUGAAGACCAUGCUACAGAUCUCCGUGGUACCACUCAUCAACAACUGGACCAAAAAAGGGGUCCAGAUUCCUCUGGCAGAUGGGAUAGACUUCAUAGAAGAAGUGGUGGAGUACCACAAUGGUUACCUCAUCAUCGGAGCCAACCUGCACUUCAGCCAAGGUCUGAGGGAAAUGAUCGAGAGGAAGAUCCAGGAAAAGAGCGAGGAGAGUGUCUAGACAGAGUUCUGACAGGCACCAUGUAGAGAGCACAGCAGCACUCCUAUACCCUGAUGGGUUUGUGGUCCAAUAACGUAUUGUUUUUUACUAUGUCUCACAUGUAUAGCACAUUCUACUGUAAGAAUAAACGAUGCAAAUGUUUCGUGUACUUUACCAUGUAGAUUUCCAACCCAUAAGUACGAACAGUUCAGUGACAGUCAUGCUAAUGUAACGAUGAAUGUAAUGCAACUUGGGACCCCUAGUGAUGACUGCACAACAGUUUUAAACCUCAGUCAUGCAUUUAUGUAAUGCCAUUCUGUAAGAACCAAUUAAAGUGUCAACUAAAUACAAAAUAUCAAGACAUUUUUAUUUCAAGCAAUCAUUAGAUCAUUCUUGUGAACACAGCUGAAGCCUAUACAUUCCCUUGUAAUCAUAGUGUCUACAAAUGUUUCUAUGGAGGCACUAUCCUGUCAGACUGCAGUUCCUCUUAAAACAUGAACAGAUUAACAUAUACAGAAAAAGAAAACAAAAAACAAUCCAGUGCGUACAGAUCCCUUUGAUUUUUACAUAUAGUUAAAAAGGCCAUUACAAGAGCACAGAAGACAUUUUCCUGUACAAAUCAAGGCAGUCAGUAAACAAAUUGUCAAUCAGUUUCUCUCUAUCACGAUUACAGAAGGCUCUAAAAAUCUGCUGCUCUGUUACAGCAGCAUAUGUACCUGUCACAGUAGACAAAGAAGCAGACAAGUUUCAAGAUUCCUUGCUUAAUAUCUCACCUACAUAUGACCAACAGUGAUGGAAGAGUAUACCAACAAUACACCAUAUUGUUCCAUCAAGAUGUUGACAAGCCAAAGUGCCAUGCGGGGUCUAAAAGUCAGUCUGU